UUCUCUUGUCUCUAACACGGCGUUGCAUGGGUUGAUCGCCAGUUACUACCGAGGUGAGAUGAGCCCCCAAAGUGACAGGGGCGUGCUUUUGGACAUGAUAAAGAGUAUCACCAAUCGCUUAAUCAAAUGCAUGAAGCCGAUGAGUACCUGGCCGCCAUGGAAAUCGAUUUCAGAAGCUGCUUAGAUUACGAUAUCGACAAGGAAUACCGCCCAGAUGCGGCCCAAUCUGUUAGAUUUUUAAUCCCCUGGGACCAUCUACUGCGGGUCAACUUGUUCGACAUAAUACCCCGAUUUUUCGAAGCCCGGAGGUUUGGCGAUUGCCCUCGUGAAGACCUGCUGAACGGAACCCGAAAUGCUGGACCGCAUGGCAGACGUAGUCGAAUUUAAACGAUUCAAGACCGUACAGGUAUUACCUCCCAACAAGGACAACGCUAUCAUAGGUGAUAACGAAGUCAUUGCCCA